UCAUGUUUGCACCCAUUUCCUCUUUCAAACAACCAAGACACCCACACCAAAGCUCAUCUCUCUCUCUCUCUCUCACACACACACACUUUUAGUUUUCAUUCUUCAAAAAAAUGGCAGGAAAACGGUUUUUCGAUGAGUCCGGUACCGACCCAGAUCACCCAAAUGGAAAACGAAAGAGAUCUAGGCCUUCUUUCGCUUCUGUUAUAGGGGAAGUGGUUAUGGUGAAUUGCUUGCAGAACUUCUGUGCAGCCUUGGAGCCAAUGCUUCGAAAAGUGGUGAAUGAAGAGGUGGAAAAUGGCCUAAGGAGAGGUGCAAGAUCAAUAACUAGGUCUCCCUCACUCCGAAUUCAAAAACUUGAACCCUCAAGCUUAAAACUUAUAUUCAGCAACAAACUUUCGCUACCGAUAUUCACUGGAAGCAAGAUUGUCAACGCUGAUAACUCUCCUCUCCAAGUCCUCCUUGUGGACACAACCGGCGAUCACUUGGUUCCAACAAGCCUUUCUUAUCCCAUAAAAGUGGAGAUUGUGGUUCUCGACGGUGACUUUCUUCCCGGAGAUAAUGACACGUGGACGAGCGAAGAAUUUGACAAGAGUGUUGUGAGGGAGAGGACCGGGAAGCGACCUUUGCUCACCGGUGAGUUGCAAAUCACCAUGAGGGAUGGGCUUGCACUUGUUGGAGAAAUUGAAUUUACUGACAAUUCGAGUUGGAUUCGGAGUAGAAAAUUUAGGGUUGGUGCGAGAGUUGUUCAUGGUAGCAGUCAAGGUGUUAGGGUUCGUGAAGCCAUGACUGAAUCUUUCGUUGUCAAAGAUCACCGCGGAGAAUUGUACAAAAAGCAUCACCCACCCAUGCUAGAGGACGAGGUGUGGAGACUUGAGAAGAUUGGAAAAGAUGGAGCUUUUCAUAAGAAGCUAGCCUCCAUGGCCAUUAACACUGUCCAAGACUUCUUGAAGCUCUCUGUUGUUGAUCAAAACAAACUUAGAAAGAUACUAGGACUUGGGAUGUCAGAGAAAAUGUGGGAAGUAACUAUAAAGCAUGCAAGAACCUGUCUUUUGGGCAACAAAUUAUAUCUAUCUCGUGGAGGCAACCACACCAUCAUCUUAAAUCCAAUAUGUCAAGUUGUUAAGGCUGAGAUUAAUGGCCAAACAUACCCUACUCGAGAUUCCAGUACUACCAUGAACAGGGCUUAUAUUGAGAGUUUGGUGAGAGAUGCAUAUCUGAAUUGGAAUUCUUUGGAAGAAUUUGAUGGGUUUUUGAAUGAGAUCCCACUGUUAACUCAAGGUGAGGUGGAGGAGCAAUAUUCCAGUCAUCAUGAGAGCAUGGUAAGAUCGUGUCAUCAACAUUCAUUUCUGACCGAUGGAUCCACGGUGGUGGCCACUGUACCAAGCAAUGCACACAUGGAAUGCAAUGAUUGGCUAGUUAAUUCAACACUCUAUUGCAGUCCACUGGAUACAGAUACUUCUGGUGUUCGUUAUCACAUCUCAGACUCUUCAUCAGACGGUGAUUUAACUCCCACAAGGUCUUUCAUCCACCACAACUAAUCUCAUAUCUCAAAUCAGCCCCGUUAUAGAUCACCCAAUCAAACACAAAAUACAUAUAAAUAUAUAAAAAUUUUAUGAGAUUUCUUAGCGAAAUUCAUAUUAAAAAAUCCCAUAUAUUUAUAUAUAUUAUGUGUUUGAUUCUGUGAUUGAUAUCUACAAUAUAUAUAGUGCCGUAAUAGUCGCCCAUCUACUGUAAAAUAUUGUGGCUAGGCAUAAGAAAGGCACAAAAUGAGAGGUCUCAACUCUCAUCUAUAAGUUUUGUCUAAUAUGUAAUAUUUUUUUAAUUUUUAGAUUGAAAUUUACUAUGUAAUAUGAACAGAAGAUGUUCA